AUGGAGGCGGCCAUCGACACCUACUUCCGCGGCGUGGAUCUGGACCGCGUCGACUGGAUCAGCAGCCAGGAGGUCGUCGCCUUCUUCAAGGGCUCCAGCCUGCCCCAGCCCGUCCUCGCACAUGUGACCCGCUCGGGGUGUGAUGAAGGCGGCCAUCGACGCCUACUUCUGGUCGCACAGGCGGCCAUCGAUCCAGGUGUUUUUUACUCGGAGGGGAGUGCAGCUCGUGCUCGGCGAGGCAGAGGUCGCUGCUGCCGCCGCUUCUGCAUCGGCGUCGCCGCACCUCGCUCCCUGAUUUGUCUCCCUGCGAGCCGGCGACCCUCAGAUUUGCCGACCCCGUACCACCUCCCUGACGCCCGACGGCUCAGAUCUCGAGCAGAGAAGCCCGACGGCUCCGCGCCGGAGCGCACGUUCUUCGGCUUCAAGCCUUCAAGGACCCGGCCCCCCGAUGCCGAGCCCGCCUCCGCGGGGCGAUGGUGCCGCGGUGGCGCCGUUCCGGAACAGGGAAAAGGAGGAAUUACAUGUGAUUUCUCUUGGAGCUACAUGAUUAAAGCAAUCGUGCAUCUUAUGGUUAUUCUAGUUCCUUCUGGACCUUCUAUGUGGUUAGCAGGAAUGAUCUUUGGAUAUGGUUGGGGUUUCUUGAUUAUAAUAAUGGUCGGGACUACUAAUUGGCAUGGUGGUACCGUAUUGGAUUGGUUGUUCCGUGAACGUCUGCAUGUAUGGUUGACAAAGUGGCCUCAGCAGAUAGCACUAAUAAAACUUGCGGGCUUCUCGGUGACGACCACGUUGCACCUCACCCUCACCCUGACCAACUUCCACCUUGCAGCCCCCUAUCGCGUACCUUGCAGUGGUGCCCUUGUCCCGCGGCACGAGUGCAGCCCUGUUGUUGACCGCAAAUUUCAGGUGUGA